CGCGUGCAGCCCGCCCGCCAGCGCCCCGCAGCCGGGGCAGGUGGGAGCCCGCGCGGGAGUCUAGCCGACGCGAGCCGGAGCCGAGUCCGAGCGGAGCCCGGGCGGAGCCCAGGAGCCUCGCUCGCGGGCGGGCCGUGGGCGGCAGCCGGGCGGGGCGGGCGCCGGCGGGGCGGCCCCCCAGUAAGAUGUGCGCGGCGCCGCGGGGCGCCCCCCACUCGCAGCGGCGCUCGGGAGCCGGGCAGCUGGGCCAGGCGGCGCCUUGGGGGCUGCUGCGCGCCCGCGCCUAGAGCUGCCGCCCCAGGGAGCCCGCCACGGCCGCGCCCCGGGCACGCUCGGCGGCGCCCAACGAUGACCGCUCCCUGGCGGCGCCUCCGGAGUCUGGUUUGGGAAUACUGGGCCGGGCUCCUCGUGUGCACCUUCUGGAUCCCGGACUCACGCGGGAUGCCCCACGUCAUCCGGAUCGGAGGAAUCUUUGAGUAUGCAGACGGCCCCAAUGCCCAGGUCAUGAACGCCGAGGAGCAUGCCUUUCGAUUUUCUGCCAACAUCAUCAACAGGAACAGGACUUUGCUGCCCAACACAACCUUGACCUACGACAUCCAGAGGAUUCACUUCCAUGACAGCUUCGAGGCCACCAAGAAGGCCUGUGACCAGCUGGCGCUGGGUGUGGUGGCGAUCUUCGGGCCAUCACAGGGCUCCUGCACCAAUGCCGUCCAGUCCAUCUGCAAUGCCCUGGAGGUGCCCCACAUCCAGCUGCGCUGGAAGCACCACCCGCUGGACAACAAGGACACCUUCUACGUGAACCUCUAUCCCGACUAUGCCUCUCUCAGCCAUGCCAUCCUCGACCUGGUCCAGUACCUCAAGUGGCGGUCGGCCACCGUGGUCUAUGACGACAGCACAGGGCUCAUCCGACUGCAGGAGCUCAUCAUGGCCCCCUCGAGAUACAACAUCCGCCUGAAGAUCCGCCAGCUCCCCCUCGACUCUGACGACUCUCGCCCCUUGCUCAAGGAGAUGAAGCGAGGCAGGGAAUUCCGCAUCAUCUUCGAUUGCAGCCACACCAUGGCUGCCCAGAUCCUCAAGCAGGCCAUGGCCAUGGGCAUGAUGACCGAGUACUACCACUUCAUCUUCACCACCCUGGAUCUUUACGCAUUAGACCUGGAGCCCUACCGCUACUCAGGGGUGAACCUGACAGGGUUCCGGAUCCUCAACGUGGACAGCCCCCACGUCUCGGCCAUCGUGGAGAAGUGGUCCAUGGAGCGGCUGCAGGCGGCUCCCCGUGCAGAGUCUGGCCUGUUGGACGGAGUGAUGAUGACCGAUGCGGCCCUGCUGUACGACGCCGUCCACAUCGUGUCCGUGUGCUACCAGCGGGCGCCCCAGAUGACCGUGAACUCCCUGCAGUGCCACCGCCACAAGGCCUGGCGCUUCGGCGGCCGCUUCAUGAACUUCAUCAAGGAGGCUCAAUGGGAAGGAUUAACUGGACGGAUUGUUUUCAACAAAACCAGUGGCUUACGGACCGAUUUCGAUCUGGACAUCAUCAGCCUGAAGGAGGAUGGCCUGGAGAAGGUUGGAGUGUGGAGUCCCUCUGAGGGACUCAACAUCACGGAAGUCGCCAAAGGCCGGGGCCCUAACGUCACCGACUCUCUGACGAACAGGUCGCUCAUCGUCACCACAGUGCUGGAGGAGCCAUUCAUCAUGUUCCGGAAGUCCGACAGGACUCUGUUCGGGAAUGAUCGGUUUGAGGGCUAUUGCAUCGACCUGCUCAAGGAGCUGGCCCACAUCCUGGGCUUCUCCUAUGAGAUCCGGCUGGUGGAGGACGGCAAGUACGGGGCGCAGGAUGACAAGGGCCAGUGGAACGGGAUGAUCAAGGAGCUCAUCGACCACAAGGCAGAUCUGGCCGUGGCCCCCCUGACCAUCACCCACGUCCGGGAGAAGGCCAUCGACUUCUCCAAGCCCUUCAUGACGCUCGGUGUGAGCAUCCUCUACCGCAAGCCCAAUGGCACCAACCCCAGUGUCUUCUCCUUCCUCAACCCCCUGUCCCCUGACAUCUGGAUGUACGUGCUCCUCGCCUACCUGGGUGUCAGCUGUGUCCUCUUUGUCAUCGCCAGGUUCAGCCCUUAUGAGUGGUACGAUGCUCACCCCUGCAACCCUGGCUCUGAGGUGGUAGAAAACAACUUCACUCUGCUGAACAGCUUCUGGUUCGGAAUGGGGUCUCUGAUGCAGCAAGGGUCUGAGCUGAUGCCCAAAGCUCUGUCCACACGCAUCAUUGGUGGCAUCUGGUGGUUCUUCACACUCAUCAUCAUCUCCUCCUACACGGCCAACCUGGCCGCCUUUCUGACCGUGGAACGCAUGGAAUCGCCCAUCGACUCUGCCGAUGACCUGGCCAAGCAAACCAAAAUCGAGUACGGGGCUGUCAAGGACGGGGCCACCAUGACCUUCUUCAAGAAAUCCAAGAUCUCCACCUUCGAGAAGAUGUGGGCCUUCAUGAGCAGCAAGCCCUCGGCGCUGGUGAAGAACAACGAGGAAGGCAUCCAGCGGACGCUGACGGCGGACUACGCGCUGCUCAUGGAGUCCACCACCAUCGAGUACGUCACCCAGAGGAACUGCAACCUCACCCAGAUCGGCGGCCUCAUCGACUCCAAGGGCUACGGCAUUGGCACGCCCAUGGGCUCCCCGUACCGGGACAAGAUCACCAUCGCUAUCCUGCAGCUGCAGGAGGAGGACAAGCUGCACAUCAUGAAGGAGAAGUGGUGGCGGGGCAGCGGCUGUCCCGAGGAGGAGAACAAAGAAGCCAGCGCCCUGGGGAUCCAGAAGAUCGGGGGCAUCUUCAUCGUCCUGGCCGCUGGGCUGGUCCUGUCUGUGCUGGUGGCCGUGGGCGAGUUUGUGUACAAGCUGCGGAAGACAGCAGAGCGGGAGCAGCGCUCCUUCUGCAGCACUGUUGCGGACGAGAUCCGUUUCUCCCUCACCUGCCAGCGUCGGGUCAAGCACAAGCCGCAGCCUCCCGUGAUGGUCAAGACUGACGCCGUCAUCAACAUGCACACGUUCAAUGAUCGCCGGCUUCCGGGCAAGGACAGCAUGGCCUGCAGCACAUCGUUGGCGCCCGUCUUCCCCUAGGCGCAGGUGGGCUGGGGACCGCAAGCCUGAGGGUGGGGCAGAGACUGGAAGGAACGUCCCCUGUCCCCACGCUGGGCUUAGGGACCGGAGCUGCUGCCUGCCCCUUGGGUCAGGAGCCCUCUGCCCUCACCUCCCAGGAAACCAGCAGGCCCCCCGGCCGACCACUUGGGCUUCCCUCUCCUCUCGUUUCUUCUAUGGGUUUCUAAGCUGCCAGCCAAGACAGCCAAGGCCAAAGGAAGCACACGCCUCUCUCAGGCCAAACUCACCUGCCCCUCAUCUCUCCUCUACAGUCAGAAAUUUCCACCACGGCCCUGCAGAGGCCAAAGAAAUGAGAAACAGCUCUUAUAGUGCCACUCCCUCCCCGUGAGCCCAGGCCUCCUGGGGCUUGACUGUGAGACCAGAGACACAAACGCUGGGCUCCAUAAGGAUGUAUAGUUAGGCUGCCAAUGGGAGCUGAAGAUGGGGAGUGGCCACCCCCCGUGCCUGGGCAGAAGGAAAACUUCAUCCCCCGGGGGCUGCCCACCUGGUCCUGGUCUCCUGGACUUGGCACCACCCAUGGCAGCCCCUAUUUUGGCCAAGUUGAAAGCAGAGAGCCCCACAGGGGAGAAGAAGAGUUUGGGAUCUAGGAGAGAGAACGCACAGAGACCGCCAUUUUGAAUUCUUAGGGACAGUGUCUUAGUGGCUCCCAGUCCUCGGGAGGUCUGUAGGAGUAGAAAGUCGGGGAGUGGUCAGAGCAAAUUCUUCUCCACUUUCUGGCCAGAGGAGAGAGGACCCCCUGAAUCUCUCCAAAGGAUACCCAGAGACUCAGCUGAUUUGAAGCCCAGAGGAACAGUGGAUUCCAUGGAAAUCCCGCAGGCCUUCGAGCCGUUGGAUCUUACUUUGCUGGUCCCCAAGCUGUUUUCUAAACCCUAGUGGUAUUAGGGAGCUUGGGCUCUCUGCCGUCUACUCAUCAACAACUCUCCAUUCUUGGCCAGUUGACCUUGACCUGCUUCUGUCGUCUUGGACUGGGAAGAGUGGCUUUUAGAUGCAAGUGGAAGUUAUCCCCCUCCUCCAACGAGGGGCCGUGUCCUACUGCACAGGCCAACUCUGGGGUAGAUGGUGAAAGCCAGACGGGCCCUAAAGAACUCCUAGCCUCUGCACUUGCCAAACCUAAAGAUGCUCCCCAGAAAAGGAAAGUUUUCAGAGGCAAGGUAUCCUAGCUGGUAAAGGCCCCAAGGGUGGGCGGGGAGAAGCUGUCUCCUGGAGAAUUAACCAAAGACCCCACAUAGAGACACAAGGCCAUUAUGGCCCCCGGUCUCUUGUCAAGAGCAGCUGGGACCUUGUGGGGCUUCGGGGUGCAGCAGAGUAGAAGCAGACGGGGCACUGGUGAGGGGUGGACCCGAUGAUCUGGGGGUUCCAGCCAGCUGUGAUGGAUGCUGUAGAAGUCUGUGACUUUAAGAUUCUGGGAAAACAUGAGACAGGAAGGGUUAGGAACAAAGUGUCCUUAAAGAGAAGGCAAUGUGGCCAGCAGGGCUUCCCAUGGCCAAGGGCAGAGGGCAGUCUUUGAGCAGGGGAGGUAGGCUGGAGAUUCUGGACAGGGACCCGGGAGACACCAGCUACCCCUCUCCCACUUCUCUCCUGUCUCUGCUUGGGGAGCCUGGGUGGGGAAGAGCUGCAUUUACAUCUCAACGACCUUCUCAGCUGGGGUGGAGGGUCAUCUUUAGCUCCCCCAGGGACUCCCCAAGCAGGAGAGCACAGUGGGCUCACGUGAGAAACACCACUCCUCCUCCGGGCUGUGAGCUGCAGGACCAAACCAGCUGGUCCCCAGAAUCACGGUAGCUCAGGCAGGCUGUGCGCUGGCGGAGGGAGAAGAGGGCAGGACGGGCUGCAGAGCCAACGCGUGUCGUGAUAGGAAAAGCCAUGCUGUUGUGAGCCUCUGUGUGUGUGUGUGUGUGUGUGUGUGUGUGUGUGUAUCUUCAUAUGCGUGAGCUUUGGGAGCUAGGAGUGAGGGACAAAUUGGGACAUGUAACACAGUCCAGGGCAUGCCAUAAUUGAGGAAUCCUUUGGGUUCUGAUGUGUGUGUGUGUGCACGCACGUGUGUGAAUUGGGGAUGUGUGAGGGAGACGAGCAGCAGGGCCCCAUCCAUGUAAAAACAGGAGAAGCCAUGUCAUAAUGGGGUUCUGGUGAGUAUACUGUGUAUACACGCAUGCACCAGUGUGUAUGCAUGUGUGUGUGUGUGUGUGUGUGCAUUUGUGCACUGGAUGACAGAGGGUAGAGGACAGGACGAAGUCUGCAGCAUUGCCAAAUACGUGUAAAGGGAGAAGCCAUGUCAUCAAGAGGUCCACGUGGGAGCGUACAUGUGUGUGGGCUCGUGCGUGCAGCGGAGAGCAGGAGGGAGGCCAGAACCAGACAGACGUGCAGCGCAGGUCAGUGCGUGUCGUGGGGGAGAAGCCAUGAGGAACUGGUGUGGGUGAGUACGUGUGUGAGUAUGCUCACGUAUGUGUGCUCAAAUGCACACGUACGCCCGGCUCACAGCAGGAGCAGAGAGGGACAAUCAGGAGGCAGGGGUCCAGGGUCUGUCUGCCCUUCUGUUGUGGGGAGAGGUCAUUUGUCACAAAGCUUUGCCGAGAUUGUACAGGCACCGGCACGGGGAGACUGGCCAAUUGGGGGCGAAACUCUUCAGGGACUCAUGGCUGGUGAAUCUUUGCUCUAGGCACAGUGUCCUGUUUGAAGGGAAAAUGACAUUUUUUUGCAAUUCCCAGAGAACCGAUUCAAAUGAAGAUAUUUGCCAAUUUACUGUCACCAACCACAGACUUUAACCACUGUGUUUCUUGAUCCAAUGUAAUUUCAUAGCACAUGCCCACAUCCAUGCUCAUGUCAUACACACACACACGUGUGUGCGCUUUUGUGUAUGACGCUUUAUGAACGUGCCAUGUUCUUCUGAGGCUGUGCACAUACACAGACCAAGACGGGAGGAAGCAACAUGGGUAGGAAGAUUUCUCACUGAAGGAGUGAAGAAUGGCGGGUAUCAGAGGCACAGUUCCAUUAGGGAAAUCCUCCAAAAGCUACUGAAAUGAUUUCUAGACUCCUAGAUGCAAGUGGGGUGACACGUGGUCUGAUCUCCCCUCCUCUUCAAGCCUCGUGGCUGUCUGUGUAGCUGAUGUUCAACUUUUGGCUGAUGUCCUGCCUUUGUCUUCGAGACUAGCCUAGUGUUCGGAGUGCAGUGGAGACCACUUCUGCCCAAGUGUGAGCUGUGUCCCCCCCAGGGGACUGAGGUUGCCACUGCAUCUUGGAGGUGGGGGCUCCCAGCAAGGGGGAUCAUGUGGAAUUAGAGUUUAGGCCACCUGCCAGCAGGUAUGGACCUGAGUCGCAGCAGGUACACGUGGGCGUGGGUGCCCACACACACGGAGGCACUGAGGUCGGUGGCUGUGAGUGAUGGAAGCGUAAAAGCUGGUUUGGAUGGAGCAGAAGAGGGGACUUGCCUAAGCAGGUGCUGGACUGUCCCUCUCUGGCUCCCCAUGCCAGCCCGGAACAGAAGAGUGCCCCCGCUUUCUACCCCCAUCUCCCACCCCAAAAUGCCAGUGCUUCUGCUCAACCUCAAACUGGCCAAAUUGAGGGGCAGCAGUGAACACACACGCACACACGCACACACGCACAUGCCGCCAAGGCCCUGGGGCUUUUGGACAAUGAGCCCUCCUUAUCUCGCUCCCCUUGACCUCUUACUGGUCUCUCUGCUGUGGACAGAUAAGAAAAUCCCAUGAGCUUUGCCACCGUUCAAGUGGCCCCACUCUGCAAGUGGCUCUCAAGAGGGAUAAUGCCCUCUUGGCCGAUGAGCUGAGUCUGAAUCUCUAAGGGGUGGGAGCCCCCCCACCCCCAGCCAUGACUCUGCCUCACCUAGAAGAGCAGACUGGCUCCCUCUCUGAUCUCCUGGGCCCUGGCAGAUGGAAAUUCUGGCCCAGGAUCGGGGACGGGUCUGGCAGUGUUGGAUGAAGUCUCCAAAUGGUUAGAAGCCACACCUUCUCCUUCAGGUGGAGGAGAGUGGAAGUCAGACCCAGGCACACUCACCAGGAACAGUCAGAAGCUCCCUCCCUGCCUUCUCUUCUAGAAGCUGGAGGGGGGCACUGGGGGUGGGGGUGGAGGGGUUGCAGCUGCUGCUUCAUCACUUAACAGGAAGCUGAUCCCUCCCCAAGCCAUUCCCAGCUAUAUGCACAAAGAUCUGGAAAUAGGCCCAGCUCUGGCCCAUGUCUGCAAUGGUCCUGUGUGGAUAGCCAUCUGGGAAGGGCCUGGCAAUCUGGACAAAUCAGCUGCAUGGACUUAACAUCUGGGAUGGGCCUGGCCCCAUGGACAGAUGCAAGAAAUGAACCCAACUCUGCAGACAGGUCUGUGGAAUAGAUACGUCUGGAACAGUCUCCCAGGCCGGUGGACACAUCUGGAAUGGGCCCAGCCGCCCGCCACAGUAGAAGGGCCCGGCUCUCUGUCCCCAUGCCAGUUUGAAUCCAGCCCUCAUUUCAGUCCUGGAUUGGCCCUGGAGUUAAAAUUUCAGAGCUGAGGCCAUAUGUGAAGUCACAAAACUGUUUUGGGUAGAAGGUUAAUGUUCUGUACCAUAUAUAGAUGAAUGUAAAAAGAUAUAUAUAUAUAUGCUGUAUAUAUAUAUAUAUAUAUGCACAGUGUAUAUAUGAUCUGUAGCCCAUGUGCAUAUGCGCCCCUCCCCGCACGUCUGCGCACAGAGUGUACAUAACCCAGCCAGCAUGGGUGGGGACCAGGUGAGAGAUGGGGGCUGCAGCAGCAAAGUCUGGGAUGGAGACCACCUGGAGCAGGGGCUGCAGAGAACCCCUGGGGAAGGGGCAGGCCCUGCACACAUCGGAGCUGCAGACCCUGAGGACGAGGGCAGAACCACAGCAGCUGGCAGAUGGGCCUUGCACAGCCACUGCCUCCCGGGGAGGGGCGGGAACAGCGGGGGGCCUUGUCUGCGUCUGAGAGUGUCUGAGGCAGGCGAGCUGGGCCUGUGUCUGGGGAGCAGUGUCAUAGCAGUGCUUGGCUCCUGAGAUGUGUUCUAAUACUGUCUGCAGGGUCAGCAGGUAGGUGUCAGGCUCCGCCGGGAAUACCCUAAAAGGCUGCAGUGUUCUAAGUGACAGAGGACUCUGGCUCACACAGAGGCACAGCCCAUGGCUAAGGAAAACACUUUUUUCAAGAGAAUGGCCCCCAGGGCAUUGCCAGCAUGCCACUGCAAUGUCCCAAUGCCCUAGGUAUUGACCCCGCCCCCAUCCCCUGCCUUCUAGAACAGAAGACCUCACAUCACCCCACAGUGUGUCUCUAUUUUACAGAUCAAAACUCUGAGGCUUCCAGAAGCUGAGAGGCAGCUAUAGACUCAGUAAUGCCAGCCAAGAGUUUGUGCCACUUCAGACAGCCUCCCCAGCCCCAUCUGACCCAGAGGCCAGCUGCCAGGGAGUGACGAGGAGCCAGAGAUGCACGCAGAGCAGUGACGCGGGGUGAGAGAUGAGAAGCCAACAAGGCAUUCCUGUCUUAGCACGCCCCGUGCCGUCUGCCUGCUUUCCCCUCCUGCUGUAUCUCCCUCUGCAGGGCGGGUGGCAGAGACCCCCGCAGGACCCUCCAUGCCCCCACCACCCCAAUCCUUCUGUCCUUCACAGUUCCAAUCCUUUAGUGGUCCUACCCGUGUCACGGGUCAGAGCAUCUCUGGCGCAUGCAAGAGAGAAAAGAUCUGGGGUGGGCUUCUGGGUGCUCAGCAGCCUGCCCUCUGUUUCAGUCCCAUGUGUCAGGCUGGUCUGUACUUAACUCUGGGUCUGCCUCUGGGGCCCCAGGCAGAGCACAUCUGAGCCCAGCCCUCUGAGGAGGGGCCUGUCCUGGCUCCAGAACAGGGAUCAGAGGCUCCAGGGGCCCUCAUGCCACUGUGCUCCAAACCCCCAGCCCAUCUCUGCCUGGGCUGACUUCCUGGCUGGGCCUCCUGGGGUGAGGACUCGGGUUCCCAGCCCCUGGGCUGAGCCCCCAGACAGCACCAUGCGAGAGCCCCGGCCUGUCCCUCCACCCAGACCGGAGUGCCUGGCCGCCCCCCACUCCCACUCAACAUGGUUCCCACACGCUGGUCUCUGGGCCAUUCAGGGGAUGCCCUUUGUGGACAUGCAGAAUUUCUAUGAAUAUAGUUUUUUGUAAGCAUUUUGUAACAAUUUGGGUUUCAUAGUAACUGUGUUACUUGCCAAUCAUUCUAGGCUGAUGUAAAUAAAUUUCCAAGCAAAUCCGAUUA